AGUAAACUUCCGGUACAUGGUUCAUAAACAUCAUGAUCAUAUUUCUCAUUUUUUUAGGUUCAGCAUAACCACGAUAAGAGGAUGAACUUUAAAGGGUUUCUUUUCAUUGUAUUACUGGGGUACAGCAGUACCCUAGGAGCCAUAUUUUUCAUCGGGCCCCUGAUUCCCCUGGUGUAUUUCCAGCCCGCUCUGGGCAGGCGAUUACUGGACCAGAUGAUAUGGUUGUGGCAGGUUUAUGCCGUGGCUGUAGUUGAAAAGGUCUGUGGCGUGAAGAUUGUUAUCACAGGAAAACCAAUGCCAGAACAAGAAAGUGGACUCAUUCUGAUGAAUCACCGAACACGAUUUGAUUGGCUGUUCAUGAUGUCUUAUCAACUACGUUGUGGCUCCCUUAGACAUUUUAAAAUCAGUCUCAAGAAAAGUCUAAAGAAUGUUCCAGGCCCAGGUUGGGCAAUGCAGAGUGCAGGCUAUAUAUUCCUACACAGAAAAUGGGAAAUAGAUCAGAAAAUCAUGACUAGAUGUAUAUCCUACUUCAACAAGGUCAAACACAAACCACAGGUAUUGCUGUUCCCCGAGGGUACUGACUUAACUCCUAACACCAUGAAGAGGAGUGACAAGUAUGCGAAGGACAAUGACCUGGAGAAGUACGACUACGUCCUCCACCCACGUACCGCUGGCUUUGUCUUCCUUAUGGAGAAAAUGAGGGAAUAUAACCUGUUGGAUUCUGUACUAGAUGUGGCGGUCGCCUACCCUAAAUUCAUCCCGCAGAAUGAAAAAGAUAUCCUCCAGGGUAAGUUUCCCUCCGAGGUCCACUUCAAUGUUAAGCUCUACAGUGAUGUGGACGUGCCUCUCGACAAGGAUGGUAUGGACAAGUGGUGCCGUGACCGCUGGCAACAGAAGGAAGAGCAACUGAAGAAGUUUUACCUUGGUGACCGACGGUUCUCAGAGCCUCUUGUUGAUCCUGCUAGGCAGCGAAGGGAAGACUAUGUACAGCACCUGUUCACUUUCUCACUUAUAUUCUGGAAUAUUUUCCAAGUAGCAGCCACCAUAUUUUUACUAUAUGCCCCAGUAGUGAGGUGGUACACACUCCUGUGUGGCUUAGGUUUUGUUUUAGUUAGUAAGUAUGGUGGCAUGGGCAAAUUCCUAGCCAGUACUGUCACUCAGGUGGAACCGUAGAAUCCCCUUUGUCCCUUUAUACUUUGUAGGUGCCUAAGGUGACUUCAUCCUUUGUACUGUAUAGAGUCUUAUGAUCACUUUGCCUCCGUGUACAGCUGGAUGGAGUUCGUUCUUGUAUUAUUAUGUUGUGUACUGGUUAAACACCCAGUACCACUUUGUUCCCACGUCUUAGCUAAGAAUCUUGAAUUAUUUUAUCCUUUUGUACAUGGUCCUUCACCUAGGACCAUUUUGUUUGUGUACCUGAUGGAGCCCUAGCUUCUCACAUUUUUUGUAUUCAUGCAGGUUUUAAUCUGUGACGACAGGUUUAACUUUGAAAUAAAUGUACUUGGUAACAUGUAAGGGGAGAUCACUCUGGUACAUGUACAAUUUAUGGAAAAUGAAAAUGAUUCAAUAACAAAGAUCACUUCUUUUCCAAAUUUAGUAUUUUAAAUAUUAUCUGGUUUUUUUUUGCAUGUAUGUAUUUUUAAGGACUGUAAAAACCUUAUGAACCUACUGAAUACAAGUUUAAUAUGUCCUUAAAGAUAAAUCCUGUUAUAGAUAAUGGAAGGUUUACAUAAAACUCGUGCUUAUAAAUCAUUGCUAGGACUUAAAUCAGAAAUACUCAUGGUUCUUUGUACUGUGAAACACUGGUUGAUAACUUAAUGCUCUUUGAAAUGCCGUCUUGAUUAACAUGCAUGCAUGUUUAUCAGUCUUCAUCCUUAUUUUAUGAUGCAGUGUAUUUCAUUGAAUGGUCAGCCUUUCCUGUCUUAAUGAUGACCAGCAUCUUUGUCACUACCAUGGUUCCGAUUACUCAUCUGUUUGAUUACUGCCUGUCCUGUCUAAGCCAAGAACACAUUACGUUAACUGUUAAAAAUCAUAAUAUCACCUUAACAUCAACUUUUGUUAUGUAACAUGUAAUAUUACCCACCCAUUGUGACAUCACAAGGAAGACUAUGAUGUCAAAGGAAAAACCUUGGUCCUUUGAUUUCUUCAGUCUAACUGUAAUAUAAUGUGUAAUCGUGUAUGCAUGUGUACAUGAUAAAAAAAUCUCCAACUUGUUCCCAUUUCAUCGGAUUUUUAGCUCAAGUGACCUAUUGCUAUCCGCCUUCGUCCGUCGUAGUGCGUUUACAUUUGACAUUUUCAACUUAAGCUGAAAUACUGUCAAAGGGAUUUCAUUGAUACUUCAUGGGAAUGUU